GACUUCCUCUUAGGAUUUCUGCAGUAGCUCAGUAAAAACCAAUGAAGCAACAGUUCAGCAUUACUCAGACCGAGCGUUUCUCGCUGGAGAGCAACAUGGCCACAAAGCUUCCAUCUCAAGAGGAAUGCGAGAGCUGGACAGCUUUUCAAGUCGCAGACCUCCUAAGACAGUUUGGAAUGUCUGAAUCUGCUGCGGUUGUAGAAAGACUGGGCAUGAGCGGAUUCCAGUUCCUGAAUAUGUCAGAGUACGAGCUGAACCGUUUCAAAACAAUGCACCAGCCGAAACUUCAAAAGAUGGUGCAUGACAUCAAGAAAAAUGAAACUGGGAUAAUAAACAAGUUCAAAAAGUUCCAAAAUGAGCAAGUGGCCUUAAUUUGCAAAACUGGCAAAGAUACUUGGGAUCGGCUGAAAAAAAAACCACCACCAAGUGUACCAAAAAGAGACUAUGCUUCAGAACAUGCAGGCAAUGAAGAGGAACAAUGGUCAGAUGAUUUUGACAGCGAUUAUGAAAAUCCAGAUGACCACUCUGACUCUGAGAUGUACAUGGUCCCCAGCGAAGAGGCUGCUGAUGACAGCUACGAACCGCCUCCAAGCGAGCAGGAGAAAAAGAAGAUUCCCUCGGCAUUCCCUAUCUCUCGGGGCGAAUACGCAGACAAUCGCACUAGUCACCAGCAGCCUCCUCCCAUCAACAAACCUCUCCCAACCAUGCCCAGUCCUGCCGCGUCCAGACCAAAGAAGCCAUCCAAGCCAGCGCUGCCAGUGCAGUCUACUGCUCCAAAACCAAAAAUACCACCAAAGCCGAAGGAGUGCCACGAUGAUGAGGACAACUACAUUGUGCCGGUGGACGACGACGACAACUACAUCGAACCCACGGAAAGCACCACGUCACCGCCUACGAGGCCUCCUGUGAACAGAUUUGUGAAGCCAACAACGAAGUCAACUUUCCCCACCUCUGCAAAGCCUUCUCUUCCUUCUGACACACAAGAAGUCUAUGAGGUUCCUGAAGAAGAGGAAAAACCAUCACCAUCACCAGUAAACAGGUUCACUAAGCCACUUCCUUCUACACCCACUCAGAAUGCAGAGCACUCCCACAUGCUCAACAUGUCUCCAAAGCUGGAUACUUCCAGAAAUAUUGUGCCUCUUCCCAGAAAUCGUCUCCAUCCAAAAGCAGACCGUGAAGCAAAUGAUAAUGAGGAAAGUCAUGGCUUCAAUAGCACUCAGGAGUCCAGAUUCCCCACCGGAGCAGCUCCUUCUCCAUUACCCAGGGUCAUAAAGAAAACUUCAAAUGCAGUAAGUCCAGCAAAACCAGCUUUACCAUCCAGAGAGGCCUUCGCUGUAAAUGAAGAGAAACCUACAGCAGCAGAGCGACGGCGAGCUUCCAGCCAGGAGCUUCCUCCUCCGCCCUUCCCAAGCGGCACCCCAAAAUCUUUGCCCCCAAAGCCUUCAUCUCUGCCAAAAGUGCCAGAAGCUGCAAACCGUUCUCUGGGUGCUUCCCCUCGCCACAGUUGUUCAUCAGUUUCAAGUACUGCAGACCAGGAUGCUGGUGUUCUCAGUAAAGCAUGGUAUGCUGCUACCUGUGACCGAAAAACAGCAGAGGAUGCAUUGUACCGGUCAAAUAAGGAUGGAUCUUUCUUAAUAAGGAAGAGUUCUGGACAGGACUCAAGACAACCAUACACGCUGGUUGUGUUUUACAACAGAAGGGUGUACAACAUCCCGGUACGAUUCAUUGAAUCUACACGGCAGUAUGCACUGGGCAGAGAGAAAACUGGUGAAGAGCGCUUUGACAGUGUUGCUGAAAUAGUAGAGAAUCAUCAGCGCACCUCCCUUGUCCUAAUCGACAGCCAAAACAACACCAAAGACUCAACGAAACUGAAACAUAUUGUGAGAGUUUCAUAGCUGAAAUGCCAUGGCCAAGCUUUUCUUAAUCACUUUCCCAAAUUUGUGGAUCAGGUAUUAAAGAAGAUCAUCCAAAAUGACAGAGAAUAUUCUUUAACAACACCCACUAAGUAGCAAGAGAUGCAGCUCAUUAAGUUCAACCCCAUGUCAUCUUAUCAGAAAAGCAUUGCAUUCAAGAAGCCACAGCAGGUUGUCUUAUCUGCAGUUUGCAUCUGAGAAGGGUUUUCAAUGUUGCAUCAACAGCUUCGUUACCGGAGCUCGGUUCCUCGACUGCUCUUUGAAGGCAGAGUUCCUGGAGGACAUCUUCACUUUAGAACUGAGAAUGCUUACGGUGACCUUCUACUUAUUACCUUUACCACAGAUCACAGCUUUCAGAAACCUCCUUGCAAAGUGCACAGCUCCAGGAGUUAGAGCAACUCAACCUGAGAUACUACUGUGUACACGCUGAAACUAGCACUGUACUUCAUGUGAUUAAGGGAAAAGCUACCUGAACUUUUAAGAUUAAUGAACACACCUUGUCCUCUUCCUCAGCUUUACUUUCAGUGCUUCGUUAAUAAUAUG